AUGAAUAGUGAUGAUCAAAAUAAAGAAAACAUACCAGGAACAACAUCGGAUCUAGCACUCCAACUGAAAAUCAAAGAAGAAGAAACUAAGCAGAUGAAGAUUAAAAAAGACAUAGCUUUGGCUGAAAAAGAUAAAGCUUUGGCUGAAAAAGAUAAAGUUUUGGCACAAGAAAGAAUGAAAAAAGAAGAAACGAAACAAAAAGAAUUGGACUUGCAAUACAACCAAUGGAAGGUCCCACAAACACCACUGAACCAACCAGUAAUUAGGCAAGGUACAAUACCAGCAAGAAAAAAACGAUCAUAUCUUGGCGAAGAAUUUACAACAAAACGAGCGAAAACGAAAGCUAAAGGAUCGUCAUCAUCAACUGAUCAAAGUACAAUUGCAAGCAAUAUUCAAUCUACAGAUACAAGUUCAACAUGUAGUAAAUCAGCAAGUACAACUACUCAAUCGAUGACUUGGUCAAACGCAUCCCCCUUAUGUCCUAUUACAAAAAAUGAGGAUUUUUAUUAUAAAGAAAUGGCUAACAACAUUAGUGAAUUCGAAAUUCAUUCAUUAUUAAAUGAUAGUCUUUGUUCAUUAAAUGAUGAUGUUUAUAAUAAUAAUAUUGAACUACGUAUUAAAAAUUAUUUAGAAGAUAUUCAAAAUUCAUCGAAUAGUUUUGAAUCAUUUAAUACUAUAUUAGAAACAACAUUACAAACAGCAUUUGACAAAUUUAUGGAUAUGUUAUUGAAAUCAUUUGAGAAUUAUACAGUAUUGAAAUAUAUAAAUUCAUCUAAGAAACAUUCUUUAGAUGGUUGCAGUCCUGAUUGUAGUUACAUAUUCAAAAAUGUUUCAAUUAAAGAUACAAGUAUUUCGAAAGUAUUAUCAAAUUUUCUUAUUUGUUUUGGUGAAUUAAAAACAUCAACAAAUGGUAACUUUACAACUGCUACGAUUGGAGAAAUAGGAAGAUAUUUUAAUAUGUUAAAUAAAUCACAAGGUUGGAGAAGAAUUUAUGCAUUUUUAUAUGAUUUUUACACAAUAACAUUUUUUUAUUGUGAAAAAAUGUCGAACAAAGAUGAUUUACAGUAUUAUCAAAGUAAAACAUUAAAAUUAAUUGAAGAUGAUCCUGUAAAACGGUCAAAUUUUGAUGUAAUAAAAAUAGAUAAAGAAUCAAAAGAAAUUUAUUUUAGUAAAGAAAAUUGGAAAAUUUUUAUUAAAUUUUUAACAAUGAAAUAUGAAUUUUAUCACUAUGAAAUGUUAAAUAUAAUUCCAUCUGAUUAUUUACUUGGUGAUAGUUAUGAAAUAAUAGACAGAUUAGGUAAAGGUGCAACUUCAAUUGUUUAUUUGUUACAAAUGAAAAACAAAGUCAAUAAGUCAAAAAAAUAUGUAAUGAAGAUUUUACGAAAACACAAAUUCUCAUGGAAUUUUGAACAUGAAAUGAAAAUAAUUAAAGAAUUAAGAAAAAGUAAAGAUACGUGGCCUGUUUUUCCAAAUAUUAUAGAUUUAUGGAGUUCAGGUAAGAUUUGUUGA